UUUACUUCGAGUCUAAAGACAAAGAUCAAGAAUCUUAAAUCGUUUGGUCGAUCUCUUGUGGAUGGACUCAUACUCUGCCAAGGAUAUAAUCUAUAUAGAGCCUCCUUAAGACUCUAGAUAGACUAUCAUUCCUAUGAAAGAAGACGUUCUCAUUUUUUACCCACCCACCUACCUACCUACCUACUACCUACUACCUACCUACCUACAUACAUACAUCUGUGCUUGAUGGCCUCAGACAAGGAACAGGCCGUCGCCUCCCCAGAACAAAUCCUCUCCCAACCCGCCCACACCCUCUCCCCCGAAGAUGCCUGUCGCGAACUGUCCGUCGACCCCGAAGAGGGUCUCUUCUCGACGGAAGCCAAAACCCGUCUCGAGAAGUAUGGCCACAAUGAGCUGCAAGGCGGAGAGGGCGUCUCCAUGGUGAAGAUUGUCAUCCGCCAGAUUGCGAACGCCAUGAUGCUGGUCCUAAUCAUAGCAAUGGCCGUCAGUUUCGGCAUCCAGUCCUGGAUCGAAGGUGGUGUCAUCGCUGCUGUCAUCGCCCUGAAUAUCAUCGUCGGCGUGUAUCAGGACUACGCGGCGGAAAAGACCAUGGACUCGUUGCGCUCGCUGAGCUCCCCCACCGGUGUGGUGACCCGCGACGGAAAGACGAACACUGUCCCCGCCCCGGAGAUCGUCCCUGGUGAUAUGGUGGAGCUGAAAGUUGGGGAUACGGUUCCUGCUGAUUUACGUCUCGUCGACGCCAUGAACUUCGAAACAGACGAAGCCCUCCUCACCGGUGAAUCCCUCCCCGUGCAAAAAGAAGUCAACGCCACCUUCGACGCAGACACCGGCCCCGGCGACCGCCUGAACAUCGCAUACAGUUCCUCAACCGUGACACGCGGCCGCGCGCGCGGCGUCGUCGUCGGCACAGGAAUGCUCACAGAGAUCGGAGCCAUCGCGACCGCCCUCCGCGCAGACGACCGGAAGCGGCGGCAGGUGAAGCGCGGGCCCGAAGGCGAGACCAAGAAGCGGUGGUACGUGCAGGCGUGGACGCUGACGUGCACGGACGCCGUGGGACGCUUCCUGGGCAUCAACGUGGGCACGCCGCUGCAGCGGAAGCUGUCGAAGCUGGCCCUGCUGCUGUUUGGGAUUGCGGUGGUGUUUGCGCUUGUCGUGGAGGGCGCGAAUGACAUGCGUGGUGAUAAGGAGGUUAUUAUCUAUGCUGUUGCGACGGGCCUGGCUAUGAUUCCGGCUUGUUUGGUUGUUGUGUUGACUAUUACUAUGGCUGUUGGGACGAAGCAGAUGGUGAAGCGCAAUGUCAUUGUGCGCAAGCUGGAUUCGCUGGAGGCCCUGGGCGCCGUGACGAAUAUUUGCUCCGACAAGACCGGCACCCUGACACAGGGUCGCAUGGUUGCGAAAAGGGCGUGGCUGCCCGCUGUGGGCACGUACUCUGUUGGCGCGUCCAGCAACCCCUUGGAUCCGACGGAGGGCGAUCUGAGCCUGCUGACCGAAGCCCCGGUCAAGCUGGACCGCGACACGCAAGGCGAACCGACGAGCGCCGACGAGCUGCUCAAGGAGAACCGCCUGCUGGAAGACUAUCUCAACGUGGCUGCCAUGGCGAACCUGGCCCACGUGCACCACUCCGAGGCCGAGAACGAAUGGCAGGCGCGUGGUGAGCCCACCGACAUCGCCAUCCAGGUGCUGGCGUGCCGCUUCAACUGGGGCCUGAACCGCUGGACCCGGGGCGAGAAGCCCGUCUGGCACCAAAAGGCCGAGUAUCCGUUCGAUUCCACCAUCAAGAAAAUGUCGGUCAUCUUCGCCAAUAAAGAUGACGGUCGCGAAAUGAUCUUCACCAAGGGCGCUGUCGAGCGUGUGCUGGAGUCCUGCUCAACCGUCACCUGGACCCCCGGCGCGGAGCCCGUCCCCAUCACCGAUGAAAUCACCGACGAAAUCCUACAGAACAUGGAAGCCCUCGCCAAGGAAGGCCUGCGGGUCCUGGCCAUGGCGUCUCGCGCGAACGACCUCCCCGUCGAGGGACCCGACAACGUGCCCGACCGCGGUGCCAUCGAGCAGAACCUGACCUUCAACGGACUCGUCGGUCUGUACGAUCCCCCGCGCCCCGAGACCGCAGGCGCUAUCGCCCAGUGCGCCCACGCUGGUAUCUCCGUCCACAUGGUGACGGGCGAUCACCCGGGGACGGCGCGCGCCAUCGCCGCCCAGGUGGGCAUCAUCCCGCCGGACAUGCACCACCUGGCCCGGGACGUGGCGGACGCGAUGGUGAUGACGGCUAGCCAGUUCGACAAGCUGAGCGAGGACGAGAUCGACGCUUUGCCCACUCUGCCGCUGGUGAUUGCCCGCUGCGCGCCCAACACCAAGGUGCGCAUGAUCGACGCGCUGCACCGCCGCGGCAAGUACGCUGCCAUGACGGGCGACGGUGUCAACGACUCGCCGUCCUUGAAGCGCGCGGAUGUCGGUAUCGCUAUGGGCCAGGCUGGUUCGGACGUCGCCAAGGAUGCCUCCGAGCUGGUGCUGAGUGACGACAACUUUGCGUCCAUCAUCAACGGUAUUGAGGAGGGACGUCGCAUUUUCGACAAUAUCCAGAAAUUCGUGCUGCAUUUGCUGGCGGAAAACGUCGGUCUGGCCCUCACCUUGCUCAUCGGUCUCGUCUUCAAAGACGACAACAACCAAUCCGUGUUUCCUAUCGCCCCUGUCGAGAUCCUGUGGAUCAUCAUGAUCACCUCCGGUCUGCCGGACAUGGGCCUGGGAAUGGAAGUCGCCGCAGCAGACGUCAUGGACCGACCACCUCAAAGUAAACAAGGAAUCUUCACCUGGGAAGUCAUCAUCGACACCCUCGUCUACGGCGUCUGGAUGGCCUCACUCUGCCUCGCCUCCUUCUCCCUCGUCCUCUUCCACUGGGGCGACGGCAACCUCGGCAGCGGCUGCAACAGCCAGCGCGAAGGAUGCGAAACGGUGUACCGCGCGCGCGCCACAACCUUCAUCUGCAUGACGUGGUUCGCGCUCUUCCUCGCCUGGGAGCUGAUGGACAUGCGACGCAGCUUCUUCCGCAUGCAGCCCGAGUCCAAGAAGUACUUCACGCAGUGGAUGCACGACGUGUGGCGCAACAAGUUCCUCUUCUGCGGCGUUAUGAUCGGGUACAUCACCAUGUUCCCUGUGCUCUACAUCCCCGUUAUCAACGACGUUGUGUUCAAGCAUUCGGGCAUUUCGUGGGAGUGGGGCGUUGUCUUUGUGGAGGCGACGAUCUUCUUGCUGGGCAUCGAGACCUGGAAGUAUUGCAAGCGCGUCUUUUUCCGGAGACAGGCGCGCAAGGCUAAGGAGCGUGGCGAGGGGAAGGAUUUCUCGAGGUAUCCGACCAUGAGUCGGGAGGAUACCCAGGCGACGGGUGAUGUGAAGGUUGAGACGUCGAUGGUUUAGUGAUCUAUCUUUUUUCGGUUUUGAAGCGGUCUGCGCCAAUACUGGAUUAGACAUGUGGACAGACGCGGUGGAUGAUUGACGGCCGUGGUGCAUUUGCAUAGCGUGUUAUGAAGUCGAUAGAUCUAUAUGUCUUUUAUUUAGUGAUUUUAUUAAUC